CUCUGGCUGGACGCACCGAUAGCUAGUCCUGCUGCAACGUCAGCUAUCCUUUAGUUUCUGCAAUGGCCAGGAUCGUUCCUUAGUGAUUUCACCACAUGAAUUACAGCAGGGAUCCACCUAAAGCUUUUGGAGUUUUCUUGUGAACCAUCAAGAGGAAGUAGAGACAUAUUUCAAGCCAGGACAGGGUAUUGAACAGGGACCUAAAGGGAAUCAGGUGGGACCCACCAGUGGCUCUCGACCCACCAGUUUGGGAAUCAUUCGUUGACUGGAUGUGAGGCAGGACCUUGGGCCUGCAGUCCUAUCUCUUCUCUCGUCUCUUUCCUUUAGCCCGUGGAGUAACUCGGCCUCAGGAUGGAGUGCAUAAAGCACAUUAUUAAGAGCAUGGUCUCUGUGAAGGUGUGGGCGUACAUCAAGGACUACUGUAAACGCAACGGGCUGCUGACGCUCUCGGUCAUCGCCGUGGUUUCUGGCUGUGUGCUCGGCUUCUCCCUCCGCAGUUUAAACCUCUCCACGCAGGCUAAGAUCUACUUCUCAUUCCCUGGAGAACUGCUGAUGAGGAUGUUGAAGAUGCUGAUCCUGCCUCUCAUCACAUCCAGUCUGAUGUCGGGGCUGUCAGCCAUGGACACUAAGGCCAGUGGACGGCUGGGGGUCCUUACCAUCACCUACUACCUGUGGACCACCUUCAUCGCCGUCAUCGUUGGCAUCAUCCUGGUGCUGGUCAUCCACCCUGGUACGGGCACAGAGAAGGACGGGCACAGAGGAGGGUCAGGGCCCGUCAUGACUUCUGCUGACGCUCUGCUGGACCUCAUCAGGAACAUGAUUCCCUCCAAUCUGAUAGAGGCAACUUUUCAACAGUACCGUACAGACCUGGUGCCCAUUGUGGCCUCCAGUGUGGUAGAGUCCCAGGCCAACUACGUCUACGUGAUGCCCGACCACAACAACCCUCAGCUGGGCCACCCUGUCUUCCUGGAGAUCACCCCAGCUCCAGACAUCAAGUACAAGAUUGUCCCUGGCCACAGCUCUGGCAUGAACGUACUAGGGAUUGUCAUAUUCUCUGCUACUAUGGGCCUGCUCCUGGGGAAGAUGGGAGAGAGAGGUGCUCCACUGGUCAAUGUGUGUCAGUGUGUCAACGAGUGUGUUAUGAAGAUCAUCACUGCUGCCAUGUGGUAUUUCCCGUUCGGCAUUGUGUUCCUGGUAGCGGGGAAGAUCCUGGACAUGCAUGACCCCGCCCACCUGGGAGAGAAGCUGGGGAUGUACUUCAUCACAGUGUUAGCCGGCCUGUUUGUCCACGGACUCAUCCUGCUGCCGCUCUUCUACUUUAUAAUCACACGCAAAAACCCAUUCACCUACAUCAGAGGCCUGCUACAGGCUCUGGUCAUCGCCCUGGCAACCUCCUCCAGUUCCGCCACCCUGCCCAUCACCAUGAAGUGUCUGUUGGAGAACUGUGGAGUGGACAGACAGAUUGCCAGGUUUGUCCUUCCAGUGGGAGCCACCAUCAACAUGGACGGGACAGCCCUCUACGAGGCCGUGGCAGCCAUUUUUAUCGCGCAGGUCAACGAGUACGAACUAGACUUUGGUCAGCUGGUCACCAUCAGUAUCACAGCGACAGCAGCCAGUAUCGGGGCUGCUGGGAUUCCGCAGGCAGGUCUGGUUACCAUGGUGAUCGUCUUGACCUCCGUGGGGCUGCCGCCCGCUGACAUCACACUGAUCGUGGCCAUUGACUGGGUCCUGGAUCGUUUCCGGACCAUGAUCAAUGUGUUGGGAGACGCCCUGGCUGCAGGCAUCAUGUGUCACCUCUGUAAGAAGGAUUUUGAGAGGAGGGAGUCAACCUCUAACUCCGGCCGGAGGGACACACUGAUCUCCUUCGGUGGCCAGAGUGUCCAGAGUUGUGCCCUGUCCGAGGCUCCUCUCAUGGACUAUGCCCAUCGCUGUGACUAUGUCUACGAGGUGGAAGGUGACUGUGUCACAGAGAGAUCUGGCCCCACCUACAACCUGUGUCAGGUUUAGGAGAAACCUGUUCCCUGUUACAACCUGUGACCUGUGUUACAAAGAAACCGGUCCCCGGCUGCAACCUAUAUCUCAGAGAAACCGGUCCUCUUCUACAUGCAGUGUCACAGACAAAUCCGUCCCCUGCUACAACCUGCGUCACAGACAAACCUGGUGUUUGGUCUGAGACACUUUCACUAGACAGACAGCAGGGAGCACUGCCCGCCUUCAACACAGAGACCAUUCUAUUUAUAGUAAUAUACAUACAGUUGACUCCUGAUAUCAAAGGCUAUGGACUGGGGAAUUACAAUGGGACUGUGAAACAACCCUGCACUGAAACAGAGUUUGCACUUUUCUAAUGUGCAUUUAUCAGGGGUUGACAGUGAUGUCUUCAUAAUGUUGUCUAGUGGAUCAGUUGGUUGGAGCAGGAUGUUCCCACACCACAAAUGGUUUUGGGCUUGAUUCCCACAUGUGCAGUAAGUCUUUGGCUUUGGUUAGUGUCUGGUAAAUGUUCAACUUUUUACUGUCUGAUGAUCACACCUGUGCCAUGAUGAGGAAGCAGGUUUUCCUAAUCAUUUUGUGACUGGAUUUCUAGGCUACUGUAACCUCCCAGGGACUUAUAGGUCCACCAAGGUGCAUGUUAUGUCAGAGUCAGUUUUCCUUCUUUAGUUAAAUGCAGAUUCCACUCAGGACGCCAUUUUGGUGUCGCAGUGUACUGCAGCACAGCGCACUUUUUAGGCAACCAGAUGGCAUUAUGGACACCAUUUUGGUUUUAUGUACUAGUGACUGUAAAGAUAGAUGACGAGCACUUUGAGGUUUUUUAAACCUUGUUUGGUGUCAGAAUGGUUGUGGAUACCUUCAUGAAGUUACGAUAUUCUAGGGCAAGGGUAUUCAACUCUUACCCUAUGGUCCGGAGCCAGCUGGUUUUCUGUUCUACCUGAUAAUUAAUUGCACACGCCUG